AAUCAAAAGGUUUAAUUUUAAAAUCCCAUAACUUUUAAGGCCACCACCAUCCAAACAAAUGAAUAGAUUCUCCUAUAUUAUAGCAGUAGUAGAAAAAUUGAUCUGAUUUGAUACAUUUUGUAUCUAUUCUAGUUGCAAUAUGGAAAUCCCAAACUUUCACCUGCAACUCCACGACACUAUUGUGAGUUUCAAUACAACAUUUUCAUCUUUUGUUUUAUCCCCAAUCCAACUAGAUCAUGGAGUAUUAUAAACAAAGUCGAAUCCAGAUGUAUCACACAAGACUCACAAACUGUAAAAUGCAAUUGCUCAAAUAAAUUAUCAAUCAAUUGCUUCUCUCUCUCCCUCUCUCAUCACUUUAUGUUAUAGAAGUUGCUAUCAUCGAUCGCCAUCAUAAUAAAAAAAUCGUGGGGAAAUGGGGACUAUUUCGCGGUGUGAUUCAAGGAAUGAAUUCCAGUUGAGCUACGCAGCAGAAUGCGGCGGAUACAACCCUUCGCAGGCGGCGGUGCAUCACAGCAGCGAAGCUCCGGUGCCGUGCGACUACUUCGACGGCGUCUUCGACUACAUCAAGCAGAUGCUGAUGGAGGAAGACGACUUAGAUCACAGACCCUGCAUGUUCCAUGACUGCUCCGCUCUCCAAGCCGCCGAGAAAUACUUCAGCGAUGCCCUCGGCGACAGAGCCUCCUCGCCGCCACCGCCGCCGCUCGAUUUCGGCGGAUCUGCAUCCGGUAAUUUUCCUCCGUGCUCCGACAUCGUCAGGGAUGUUUCCACGAUCUCCUGCGAUUUAGAUUGGCUGGCAGAGAGCCGCGCCGUCGUCGUCGAUUCCAAUCUACCCGAUCAGGAUUCUAGAAACUUCCAUCAAGUUCUUGGGGAAAGAAGGCGAAACUCUUCGGAUGACGCCGCCGCCGCAGUGAAGAAAACUCGCGACCGCGGCGACAGCGAGGAAGAGCGGAGGAGCAAGCAAUUCGCAGGGUAUGCAGAGGAGUCGGUGCAACUGGACAAGUACGACAAAAGCUUGCUCUGUCCGAAGCUGAACCCCCGAUUCUACGACGACUCCCCGCCUUCCCUAGAUGAAGACGACGACGACGACAGCGAGGAGGAAAGCAAAAAGCAGUACAGAAAGACGAAAGAGGUGAAACGAGGCAGACCCAAAGGCAGCAAGAAAAACCGCAAAGUAAGCCAAGUUGUGGAUCUCCGCACCCUCCUCACCCGCUGCGCCGAAGCCGUCUCCACCUUCAACGCCGCUGCCGCCCAAACUCUCUUGAAGCAGAUCAGAAACCACUCCUCCCCCUACGGCGAUCCCAACGAGCGAUUAGCACACUGCUUCGCCAACGCGCUCGAAGCCCGAAUGUCCGGCACCGGUUCCGCACUAUACACGGCCUCCGCCGCCAGGUCCAUUCCGGCGGCGCAGCUUCUCAAAUCGUAUCAAACCUACGUGACGGCAUGCCCCUUCAAGAGAAUGUCCAACAUUUUCGCAAACAAAUCCAUAGGAAAAUUAUCCAGAGAAGCAACGAAGCUCCACAUCAUAGAUUUCGGGAUUCUAUACGGCUUCCAAUGGCCUUGCAUCAUCCAUGGCCUCUCGCUGAAGCCGGGAGGGCCUCCGACGCUCAAGAUCACAGGGAUCGACUACCCUCAGCCGGGGUUCAAGCCGGCCGAGAGAGUGGAGCAGACGGGGCGGCGCCUGGUGGAGUGCUGCAAGAGAUUCAACGUCCCCUUCGAGUACAAAGCCAUCGCCGAGAGGUGGGAUGAUGUAGGGUUGGAAGAUCUAGAGAUAGAGAGAGACGAAAUGGUGGUGGUGAACUGCUUGUACAGGCUGAGGCACACCGCGGACGAGUCGGACGGCGUGAACAGCCAGCGCGACGCGGUGCUGAAGCUGAUCAAGAGAAUAAACCCCCAAGUGUUGGUCCAUGGAGUGGUGAACGGGAGCUACAACGCGUCCUACUUCCCGACGAGGUUCAAGGAGGCGCUGUUCCACUACUCGUCGGCGUUCGACAUGAUGGAGGCGACGCUGCCAAGGGAGGAUGAGGACAGGCUGCUGUACGAGAGGGAGGUGUACGGGCGGGAUGUGAUGAACGUGAUCGCGUGCGAGGGUCCACAGAGGCUGGAGAGACCCGAUACUUACAAGCAGUGGCAGCUCAGGAAUCAGCGGGCCGGCUUCCGCCUGCUUCCUUUGAACCGGGAAAUCGUGGAGGAGGUGAGGGCCAAAGUCAGAUCGGAUUACCACUCUGAUUUUCUGUUGGAGGAAGAUGGUGGGUGGCUGCUGCAAGGCUGGAAAGGCAGAGUUAUGUACGCGCUCUCUUGUUGGAAAACUUCUAACUGAUUUUAUCUAAACACAACUCUCCCACACACUUGCUCAGUUGGACUGCCCCUUACCUAAUGCCCAAAUAAAUUGAUGAGAAAAAUUGAGCCCAUUUUGGGUUUCGCAGGAACAGAUCAUAUAAAUAUGAAUUAUUCGCACUUACUUUUUCA